GUGUGCAGGAAGCGGCUCAUGGAUGGCGUGUUAAAUCUCUCUUCAUCCUGCGCGGAGCGCCGCGUGGGCUCCCGUGCGACUCCCUGACCAACCGACCCAGAUUGUGGAUGUUAUUGUUGGGAAAGACGAAAAAGGCAGAAAGAUCCCAGAAUAUCUAAUCCAUUUUAAUGGUUGGAACAGAAGGUGAGUGUACUUGUUAGACCUGGCUGAAAAUUGAUCAUAUCUGCAGCCCAGGAACAUUGCAAACUUCCUUAAGUUUUAGAAACACUUGUAGAAAAGUUUCAUAUCCAGUUUUUGCCUUUUUUAUCAAACUUUGCCUAUUCAGAAAAAUGAUUAUUUUUAAGUUGUUUAGAUUUGGGUUCUCUAAGGGUAAUUCUGGAAACCCCAGUUGCUUCUAUGUCUAAAUGAGUUCCUUUUUCAGUUUAUUUGUUUUUUUGUGAUUUUAAAAUAUUUAAAUAGUUUUCUAAAAUGUAAGUCAUUCUGGGACACUUGUGUGCCUGUGAGGUGCUUUUAGCAUUUGUUUCAUAGCAAACUAAAAUACUGAAUUUUACAUCCUUUUUUGUUUGUUUUUUUAGCUGGGAUAGGUGGGCAACUGAAGAUCAUGUCCUCCGUGACACCGAUGAAAAUCGGAGAUUACAGCGUAAAUUGGCAAGAAAAGCUGUAGCUCGCCUGUGAGAAUACAAAAAUCAUGACAAAUGUGUUUUCUCUUAGUGUGUAGAAUUUUUGUGAUAUAAAAGUAAAAAUAUGACAAACGUGGUUUAUUAUGCAAUUUGACAUAUUAAAAAUGUGUUAGGGAAGAGUGUUUCUGUUGUGUUGUAAAUACGUGCUGUGUUUCCUAGAGGAUUUUGUAUAAUCUGAAAUGGGGAUCACCAUUUAUGUUCUAAAAUUUAAUUAUUUGUCAGGUGCUUAAGAAUCUUUGUUACUAUAUCUUGUUUUUACCUCAAAACCUGUAUCAGUCAACAUCAAAAUUUAUUUCAAUCAUGUUUUUGUUUUUGUUUUCCAGAAGCACAGGAAGGAAGAAGAAGCGCUGUCGGUUGCCUGGUGUUGAUUGUGUUUUAAAAAACCUCCCCGUUGAAGAAAGAGAGAAAAAUGAUGAGAACUCAAUAAGCACUUCCUCUGAUGACAGUAGUGAAGAAAAGAAUGAAGCAGUGAGUGAAGAAAGUGACACUGAAGAAAAGACUGAAGUGAAGGAAAGACUGGAGCUGCACAGAAAAAAGGAGAUGGAAGAAAGAACAAUAACUAUAGACAUCCCUGAAGUUCUGAAGAAGAAGCUGGAGGAUGAUUGCUAUUACAUCAACAGGAGGAAAAGGUUAGUGAAACUUCCAUGCCAGACCAACAUCAUAACUAUUUUGGAAUCCUACGUGAAGCAUUUUGCUAUCAAUGCAGCCUUUUCAGCCACUGAGAGGCCUCGUCAUCAUCAUGCUAUGGCACACGCCGCCAUGAAUGUGCAUUAUAUCCCAGCAGAAAAGAACGUUGACCUUUGUAAGGAAAUGGUGGAUGGAUUAAGAAUAACCUUUGAUUAUACUCUCCCAUUGCUUUUGCUGUAUCCAUAUGAACAAGUUCAGUAUAAAAAGGUGACUUCGUCCAAAUUUUUUCUUCCCAUUAAGGAAAGUGCCACAAGCACUAGUAGGAGCCAGGAGGAGCUCUCUCCAAGCCCCCCUUUGUUGAAUCCGUCCACCCCACAGUCCACGGAGAGUCAGCCGACCACAGGUGAACCAGCCACUCCCAAAAGGCGCAAAGCUGAGCCUGAAGCCAUGCAAUCUCUAAGACGGUCCACUCGCCACUCCGCCAACAGCGACAGGCUCUCCGAGAGCAGCGCCUCACCUCAGCCCAAGCGCCGGCAGCAGGACACGUCCGCCAGCAUGCCCAAGCUGUUCCUGCACCUGGAAAAGAAGACACCUGUGCAUAGCAGAUCAUCGUCACCUGUUCCUGUGACCCCUAGCAAGGAAGGGAGUGCGGUGUUUGCCACCUUUGAAGGCAGAAGAACUAAUGAAAUAAAUGAGGUCCUCUCCUGGAAACUUGUACCGGACAGUUACCCUCCAGGUGACCAGCCUCCUCCACCCUCCUACAUUUAUGGGGCACAACACUUGCUGCGAUUGUUUGUGAAACUUCCAGAAAUCCUUGGAAAGAUGUCCUUUUCUGAUAAGAAUCUGAAGGCUUUACUGAAGCACUUUGAUCUCUUUCUGAGGUUUUUAGCAGAGUACCAUGAUGACUUCUUCCCAGAGUCUGCCUAUGUGGCUGCCUGUGAGGCACACUACAGCACUAAGAACCCCAGGGCGAUUUAUUAGUUUUGAUGGCUCUGGACAAACAGCUUCUCUGCCUAGCUUUGUGCUCUAGGUCCCCAGCGGAGAGCUGGGGAGAUGGUGGGAGAAGCUCUAGGAGAGGUGGGCCCAGUUAUUUGAGUUGUUACUUAUGUAGUUAUUUGUGUUAAGAAGUAUUUCCUUGGUGCCUGAACAGCCUCCAACAUCUGACCCUAGCCACUGUAUAUGUCACCUGUUUGGAGAAGAGAGCAGGUAUGUUCCCAGUGAAACGUUCAUGAAAAUGUGUGUAGGUUAGGCUGUUUCAGUAGAUGCUGGUGUUGUUAGCAAUAAUCACAUUUUUUAGUUAUUUGUUAGCACUAAGCAAAAUUGUUUUGCAAACUGUUUUCAUUCUUAUGAUGAUAACAAGCAACUCUAACAAAUUUUAGUUUUGCUUGGAAACUGCAAAGUAGUCCCAAAAUACUUUAGAGGGAAUUGAUAUUGAAGGCAAAAGAAAAUUUGUAGCUAUACAUUUGCUUUUACAGUUCCUUUUCUGUAAAACCUUAUUUUUGGUGAUCUAAGAAAAGCAUUGCCUGACUUGUUUGAGAUUUUGCAGCUAUACUUUGUUGUGUAAUGUUAUGGUUCCCAUUCUGUAAAAUGUUAUUUUUGAUGUUCUAAAUAAAGCAGAGCUCAUCUUGCUGGAAAGAACCAGAGA